AACAACUAUUAUAAAUUUGUUUAUUUACAAAGUGCGGCACGAUUUAAAAAUUUCUCUUUUAAAAUUAUUUAUUUGUAGAGUAAAGGAACAUUAGUUGAAUAAAUUUUGAAUUCUUUUUUAGCUAAUUGGCACAGGAAUAUUCUUACCUGUAAAAUUAAAUUUUUGUUGUGACCUUUAUCUUCUGAUAAUGACUAGUAAAAGAAAAGCUGCAGAAUCUAAAGGCCCCAACAGUGAUUUUUGCGAAUUUCUGCAAGAGCUUGCUGAUUAUGAAAAGAAUGUCAAUAGAAAUAUCCAUAAAUACAAUGCUUAUAGUACUGCAGCAAGCUCAUUGGCUCGACAUCCUGUGAGAAUAAAAAGUGGUAAAGAAGCUCAGGCAUUGAAGGGUGUUGGAAAGAAAAUUGCUGACAAAAUUGAUGAAUUCAUUGACACAGGGAAACUUGAAAAGCUUGAAAAAAUUAGAAAAGAUGAUACCUCUCAAGCAAUAAAUUUGCUGACUAAAGUUAUUGGAAUUGGACCAGCUGCUGCUCAGAAAUUUGUUAAAGAAGGAAUAACAACUAUUGAAGAUCUGAAGAAAAAUGUGGAUAAACUAAAUCACCAGCAGAAAAUUGGUCUUAAAUACUUUGAUGAUUUUGAGAAAAAGAUACCUCAUGCAGAAAUGGAAGAAUUUGAGAAAAAAAUAGUGAAUAUUUGUCAUGGUAUUGAUGAAAAAUACAUAGUUACAAUUUGUGGAAGUUAUAGAAGAGGAGCAUUAGAAAGUGGCGAUAUCGAUAUUUUGCUGACACAUCCCACUUAUUCAUCAACUGAUCCGAAGCAGCCUCAUCUUUUGAAGCAAGUUAUCUCAAAGCUUGAGAAAGAAGGAUUGAUAACUGAUACAUUAUCUCUCGGAGAAGCUAAGUAUAUGGGAGUGUGCCGCCUUAAAGAAGGAUAUCCGUUUCGAAGAAUUGAUAUCAGGGUUUUUCCUCAUGAUCAGUAUUAUUGUGCCACACUGUAUUUUACUGGCAGUGGUUUGUUCAAUCAGCAGAUGCGACAGCAUGCCGUAGAACAUAAUUUCACAAUAAAUGAAUAUAGCAUUCGCCCAAUUGGAUCUAGAGGAACUCCUGGGGAACCAUUAGAAGUUACAUCAGAGAAAGACAUAUUUGAUUAUAUAAACUAUCCUUACAAGGAGCCACAUGAAAGAAAUGUAUGAAAUGCAGCCUGAAGAAUUUUUUUGUAAAUCAUUUUUUAUAUUUCAUCUUUGAAAUGUGUAGAUAUUUGUUAUAUAUUGAGUUUGUUUAUAGCUUUGCUUGUUAUUAUGUAGUUUUGUAAAAAAAAUUUUCAUGGGUAUUUUUCUGCUGUGUGUGAUAAAUGUGCAUUUAAAAUUGUUUUACACAAAUGCAUUAAAAUAAUUUAUAUUAUUUCUUUUUUUUAAAUAUACUUAUUUGUAUUUUUCUUUUUGAAUAGCUCUAUUUUGAAUCUCUUUGCAAUGUCAUUACAUUCUUUGCAAUAUCAUUACAUUCAUUGCUCAUAUGAUGAAAUAAAACUUCUGAUUAAUGUUUGAAAUGAAUGAAAUCUUUGAGAUAACAACUUUCACAGAAAAUAGGAUUUAAAAAAAAUGAAAAUUCUGAAGUGCUUAAUGAAAUAUGUAUUAUAAUUAAUUUAGAAUGUAUUAAAAAAUCCUUAUAGAUCUUCCAGCACAUAAGAAGUGACAAAUAAUUUAGAAUCUAAAUGUACAUAUGAGAUUAUUUAGAUUCUAAAUUAUUUGUCACUUCUUCUUCUUCUUCUUUUUUUAAGUAUUCAGAAAGAAACAGGAAGUCAGGUGGAGUGGAAAAAAUUAUCUUAAUAUAUAAAUGCUUUUUUUCAUG